GUGCGUCAGGUCUGCGUGGAGUGACACGUGACGCAGCGUCUCCUGCAAGCACUGCGAGAAUCCGCGGGCAAAGCUGGAAAUGGCGCGUUGUUUUAAAAAACCAACGGUCAUCUCUAGAAUAUCGGCUUUGUCGAGUCUAACAAACUGCUGCUCGGGUAUCUGUGUAGUUUUGUGAAAUAACUCUCUCAGAUGUACAGUACUGCGAUUGAUUCUGUCUCUUUCCACAAGGAUCUUUCGAAACUGCGUAGAAAGAAAAAUCUCUCCAUCUGAAAGAAUGGCUCCAACUUACAUGACUGACUACUCCAAACUUUCCAACAAGGAGAAACAUAAAUUAAGAAAACCUGUGGUGGAAAAGAUGCGCAGAGAUCGCAUCAACAACUGCAUCGAGCAGCUCAAAUCCAUGCUGGAGAAGGAAUUCACCCAGCAGGAUCCAAACACCAAGCUGGAGAAAGCCGACAUCCUGGAGAUGACGGUGGUCUUCCUGAAACAGCAGCUGCAGCCCAAGACUUCAGCUCCACAGAAAGCCCACUUGGACGGCUAUUCCCAGUGCUGGAGGGAGACCAUGAACUUCCUAUCUGUCAACUCCAAGGUGGACGCUGUAUGUCAGCAUCUGAACCACUGCCAAGAAGCCCAGAGAUCAGCUAAAGACCUCAUGUCUCCAGCUUCCCAUCAGCCCACCAAGGUGAAGCAGGAACCAUGUGCUCACAGUCCGCUCUGGAGACCCUGGUAGAGACCCCAAGAUGAAAGACUUUCACAUUCAAACUAGAUGGUGGUUUUACCAUCUCUUAUGUUGUAGGAGAUAAUUCCUUUUAUAUGUUAAUUUCUUUUGAAAGAAUGUCUUCACUUUGUGAAGUUUGUGGAUGGAAAUGGGUUUCACAAUGUGAAAGUCUGAUCUUCCACAGAUGAUUGUAUUAUGAUCAGAGGUUUAUUGCCUCUAUAGUUUUCCUCAUGGAUGGACAGUAAUAUAAGUCUAAAAUAAUCUUCAUGAUGAAGAGUCGAGGUUUAACUCCUGUGGAGUUGACAAUUAUUUGCAAUGCAAAUGCAAAUGUUAUUGUUUCUUCUUAUGAAGCAUGUGAUUUUUACUUAUGUCUAAUAUAUGGUGACAUAUGUUAAUUGUGCAAACAUACUGUCACAUACAAAUAAACACAUUUGAAUAUGAACA